AUGGCAAUAACAGCAGGAGAGGGGGCCUACAAUCAUCUUGGUGAAAAGUAUGUCAACAGUGACUGGCAGCCUGUGCUGAAGGCCAUCAUGGAAUCUGAAGAUGAUGAUACAGCACUCAAUGCAGUCUCAGCUCACCACACUGCUGCAUUGUCUCACUAUGGGAUCAAAAUCUGCAUUCCUGUGCUUGUGGCAAUCUCCAAUCCUGCACAGAAGCCAAACCAACUUGCCUUGGUGGAAUCCAAAGUGAUGGAAUCUGUCCAUUGCUUAAAGGAAAGGAAUUGCAUUUUUGGCAAGCUGCCAUCUGUUGAUGAACUAGUUGAGCCACCAGAAGAAAGGGAACUCCCAGAGUUCAUAUUGGAUGGGAGUAACAAAGCCAUUGCUGAUGCAGUGCACUCAGAGACAGCUGUGGAAAAUGGUGAGGUCAUUGACAUCAAUGACAGUGAUGACAGUGACGAAGGCAACUCCAGAGAUGUCAUGGUGCCAUCUCACAGUAUGGGUUGGUUACUCUAUGUCACAAUUGUAACUAUUUUUGGUAGACCCACUAUGAUGCAUUAUGAGGUAUUCUACUCCAUAUUAGGCAUUUCUGUGCCUUGGAAUGGUAUUCAGGAUGAUUUGGUGUGA